AUGGGCGAGCACGCGUGCCGCAUCAAGCCCGCCCCGGGACAGAGCGGCUUUCGCGGAGAGACAUUAGCCUUCAACGGGGAGGUGACUCACCUGCCGGCGCCUCCCCUCCCUCGGCCGCCUCCGUCGCCACCGUCGCCACCGUCGCCGCCAUCGCCGCCGCCAUCACCGCCGUCGCCGCCACCACCGCCGCCGCCGCCGCCGCUGCCUCCCUCGCCACCGCCGCCGCCACCACCGCUGUCGCCGCCACCACCGCCAACUCCACCGCCACCGGACAGCCCGCUACCGCCGCCGCCCCCGCCGCCGCCGCCGUCGCCGCCUCUCUCGCCGCCGCCGACGCCGCCGCCAGGGGUGACACAGCCAAACCCACCGCCACCGAUGCCGCCCUGGCCGCCGGGGCAGCGGCCAGAGUCUCCCCAGCCCCCGCUACCGCCGCCGUCAUUGCCACCGCCCCCGCCGCCGCCGCCGUCGCCGCCUCUCUCGCCUCCAGCAACGCCGCCGACGCCGCCGCCGCCGAAGCCGCCGCCGACGCCGCCGCCUCUCUCGCCUCCAGCAACGCCGCCGCCGCCGCCGCCGCCGCCGCCGCCGCCGCCGCCGCCGCCGCUCGCCCCACCCCAACCCUUCUACGCCGACGGGACGGUGCGGACAAGGUACGAGACCGUGGCGCCCGUCCUCAAGGAGCUGGAGAAGGAGCUGGGCGCGCUGCUCCCUGAGCGGUGGGCCCAGAAGGUCGCCGAACACGGGAGCGCGGUGCGCGAGUGGAGCCUGCGCCCCCUCGGCGACUCGCUAAAGCUAAACUUGGACGACCGGAACCGGACAUCCACUCCGAGUGCUCUCCCCCCUCUCCUUCGCGAUCUCGCUAAAGCUAAACUUGGCCAAGCCAUCCUCGCCAGUUCCCCGCUGAAGUUGGCGCUGGGAGUAGCCGGGUGGCUCUUCCUGGCGCUCUGCUUCUACCGCUGCUGCUGCCGGCGGCGCGAGCCGCCUCACAAGCGGCUCGUGGAGCCCGACGAGGAGGAGGCGCGGGGCGGCAUGCCAAGUCCGCGGCCGAAGCGCCGCUCCAAUGCCGAGCUGGCGGAGCAGGUGGGGGAGCUGCAGCUUAGGAUGAAGGAGGUGGGGGAGCUGGUGCUGCGCUGCGCCUCGCCGACUCGCGGGUUCAAGCUCCUCGGCGACUUUUGGAUCUCCUCCACGAGAUCGGGCAUCGGGCUCGGCUUGACCUUGACCGAGCCGUCGAUGAUCUCGGCGCCGACCGGUCCGCCGACGCCUCGAGGUGAGGUUGGCCUAAACCUGACCGAGGCGUGCGCGGCGGGGGCGAUUGGUCCAUACACCUGGGACACCUCCACAAACGACCUGGCCGCCAUCUUUUCGGACGGCGACAGCUACGAGGCGAGCGUGGGCGCUUCUGCCGCCGUAGUAGUAGUCUCCACCCUCCGCGCCGCCGACGCGUGGGACGGCAUCUUUUGCGAGAGCGACAUCCUCGGCACCCUCGCCCCGUCUGCUCCCGGCACCGCGCACGCCCUCACCCGCUCUUAG